AUGUGGAGUAACAGCAGUGGGGCGACUGUGGUCAGCACCGCCGCCGGCUCCUCGGCCGCCGUCUCGGUGCAAACCGAACCGGCGCCGGCCGCCGCCUCGACCUCCGGCUCAUCCGGCUCGUCCAGCGGGUCCUCGUCGGCCGCAUCUGUGCGCACCGAGCCGCCGGGGACCGGUGCCGCCUCGUCCGGGUCGUCUUCGCCAGUGACGGCGUCGUCAUCGUCCACGGUGCCGUCUCGCUCGGCGGCGGUCGGCAGCGACGGCUCCAGCGCGCCGGAGAGCGGCGACGGCGGACGGCCGCCCCGCCGGCCGACCAGCCGGACUGCCUCCGACGCUAGCGCAUCCUGCGAGAGCCAGGCCGGCCGGCCACCCCGCCGCCACGGCAAAGCCAGCGUCUCGGAAUCGCGUCUGGCGGCCAGCGACUCGGCCGGCUCGCUGCGCGUCUCGCUCCGCUCCUCCAAGAGUCUCAGCUGCCUGGCGCGCUCUGCGCUGCCCGACUCCUUCACGCAGUUCACGCUGGACAUCGUGCGCCAGCAGCUGCAGGAGGAGGAGCUCCGCUCGCACCACCGCAUGACGCUGCUCAAGGUGCAGGAGAAGCAGCUGGUGGACGGCACCACGGCCCAGAUCAAGCGGCUCGAGAUGGAGAAAAGGAAGUACAAGGAAGCCAACGACGACGAGAAGGUCUCCAUGAUCCGGAAGAAGCAGCGAGCUCUCAUCCUCAAACUGAACCAACGAAAGUCAGAUAUUGAGAGACUGAAGGAGGCCCAGCACAUGGCGGCCACAGAGCGCCAGCUGAUCGCGUCGCAGCAGGAGCAGCUGGCGCGAGCGCAGCUGACUGCCCGCGGCGCAGACAGGCACGGCGAGGCUCAGAAGGUGGGCUCGGCGCCGGUGGAGGGCACGCUGGAGCAGCGCAUCCUGCGCGGACUGCGCAAACUCGAGUCCGGCAAGCAGCAGCUGACGGAACGGGAGCGCCAGCUGCUGGACCGGCGCCGGACCGUGGAAGAGAUGCUGCGCUGGCAGGCGGCGCUCGACCAGGAGGAGCGCGCUGUGCGCAGUCUGGAGCGGCGCGCGCUGCGGCGCAGUCACGACACCGAGGUUCAGACGGAGCCCGACCUGGACUCGUCGAUGGACCGGUCCGGGGUGGAGGCCACCUCCCAGUCGCAGGAGGAGUCGCAGGCCGAAGAGGUGUCGGAGGCGGCCGCCGCCGUACCCGGACAGGACAGCGCGGCCGCCGGCCGGACGGCCACCGCCGCCGCCCAGGACACUACGCAGUUGUCGGACGUGUCCGAGGACGUGCCGGACCGCUCGGACGAGCUGUCGGACGGCGCCGCGGCCACCGUGAGUUCUGUGCGUGAAGUGAGCUUCGGGUCGACCCCUGCAGCCAUCUCCGGUUCGACGCCUGGGGUCACAUCGACACUUGAGGUGACUUCGGCGCGGGAGGUGACAUCCACACGCGAAGGGACGUCGACGCAAGAAGUGAGAUCCGACUCGAUGCACACAGCCACCUCCGGCUCGACUCGGGAGGUGACCUCAGCGCGUGAAGUGAGCUCGGCCCACUCGGAGACCUCGACCUCCACACAGGAGGAGACGUCGACCGGCGACGGAAGCACGGCGGCGUCGGCGGAGACCCGGACGGCGCGGUCGGGCCCGCGGCCGUCCCAGUCGAUGUCCGAGGAGACGAGCGCCGCCUCCUCCGGCCGGACCGGCGCCUCCGGCCUGGGCGCCGGUCGUCCGGUGCCCAUCAAGUCACCGCUAUCGCCGCGCCUGCCGGGCCCAGCCGCCGUCAAGGUGGCGCGCCGCCGACACUCCAGCGGCUCCGAUGACAGCAUCAGCCUCAGUCAGAACGAGACGUGCUCGGACCAGAGCGACGUGGAGGGCCGCAUCUACGCACUGAAGGAGGAGCUCAAGCGACGCAAGAUGGAGGCCGAGCGGUUGCGGCGCGAGCAGCGGCGCAAGCACCGCGAGCGACUUCGCCAGCAGGAGCAGUCGCUCCGUAAACAGAUCGAGGCGUACGACGCCAGCAUCCGCCAGGCGGUGCUGGAGCUGGAGACGCAGGCGCUGGAGCAGCAGCGGCCGGUGCGGCCGGUCAUCAAGCAGCCGCGCGUGGCCGAGCGGCGGCCGGGCCGCUCGGGCACCGCCGCCGACGAGAUGGACACCGAGGCCGAGACGGAGGCGACGGAGGAGCUGCCCAGCAAAACGUCGGUCACGGCGCCGACCGUCGGCGAGACAGAGACGGAGGCUACGGAAGAGGUUCCCAGCAAAACCUCGGCCACGGUCCCGACCGCGAGCGAGGCGGAGACGACGGAAGGAGGCGCGUCGACCACCGAGCAGAGCUCCGCCCAGACGUCCGCCACCGUCGCUACCGAUCGGGACGUGCGCACGGCCAGCAGCUCGUCAGGCAGCACGGCCGUCGGCACGGACCGCGGCCUGGUGACGGCGGCCGGCACAGAGCGCUCGGAGUCGGUGCGGACGGCGACGAAGGCUGACUCGGACGCGAGCUCGGCGGCGGCCGAGCGGGACGGCUCGACGGACGGAGACUCGCCGACGAAGCCGUCGGCCAGUGCCGCUUCGGGAACGGGGAGAGGCGCGGCGACCACGGACGACUCGGCGACGAAAUCCGCCGCGACGGACAAUGAGAGCAGCGAGCGGGAGUCAGAGUCAGAGCGUGACUCCGAGUCGAGGUCGUCGGUAGGAGCGGUCAGUCGGACGGAACAGGACGACGGGACUGAGGAGAAGUCGGUCACCGCCACCGUCCAGACGGAACGGGAUGUGGAGACUGAGGACGUCUCGGAGUCGCACUCGUACAGCGAGUCUUCCUCCCGCAGCUCCGUUGCCAAGGUCGAGCACAGCCGUGGCGAGGGAACCCCAGAGGCUGGUGUUUCAGCUCAGAGUGAGAAGGAUGACCAGGAGGCCGGCCCCGCUGGUGCCGUAGUCGCCGCCGGGCAGAAGGGGGUCUUUGGUCGCGCUGGGAGCGCCCGGCCCGACCUGGACGCGGCCCCGGCUGCUGCAGAGACGUCGGCCGAGCCCACACUGCCGACCGAGGCGCCCACCACCCCGGAGAAAGCCGAGCCGGUCACCCCCAGCAGCUCGCCGUCAUCGGCCGAUGGCGAGACGGCCAGCGCCACAGUGCCGACCGAGGCCGGAGCUGUCACGGAGGAGGCGGCGUCGGACGGCGCGGGACGCUCGAGCAGCUCCGGCGACGGCCCGGAGAAGGCAGCGGCGUCUGCUGACGCCACCUCCGUCGCUGGGAAGCUGUCGGAGAGCGCCGCGUACUCGGCCGACUUCGAGGCGGCGGAGUCGGUCCGCGCCGAGGUCCGGGAGGUCUCCGGGCCGCCCCGCACGGGCGCCGCCGAGACAUCCGCGGAGAGUGACGCCGACGCCACGGACAGGUCGCUGUCCGUUGGGGAGGAGCUGGUGGGGCGCGACGCUUCGGACGAGCUAGGGGACGCUGUGGCGAGCGAGCCACAGGCGGACGCGCCGCCAGCCUCCCCGCAAGGUCAGGUCAGAGGAGAGGAUGCGGCCGAGGUGAAGGCGCCCGGGGUGAGCGCCGAGAGGGAGAGGCUGGUUAACUCCAUCACGGAGCAUCUGCUUCAUUCCCUGCUGGCGGUCACGUUGCCCACGCUCAGUCCUAAGAAGCCUGCGGCCCCCGCGGGCGAUGGAACUUUUGUUGUGCACAAGUCGGUGGAUGAGAAAUGGAGGGCAGAAGCUGACAUGUUGCCAGAAGCGUUCAUCAAAGCGGAAGCUGGAAACCUGCCGGAAGCGUUCGUGGAACAGGGAAGCCGCGAGCUGCGAGAAGAGAUGGGCAAAAACGAAUCUACCGAGCCGCCGCAAGGCCCUGCCAAAGAUAAACAUGACAAGGCGGCGGAUCAAUCUUCGGAAGCCAAAGCUGACAAACAGUCCGAUGACUCUGACGAUACGGAAAGUGAAGAGAAAACUGCCAGCUCCGAGACGGAAACGUCGGCCUCCAAGCGGACAACCACCAGCAGCCCGGACACCUCGUCCGCCUCCGACAGCAAGGCCGCGAGUUCGAAGCGUGAGGAGGCCGGCUCCGAGGACGCCCCCGAUAGCAAGGUCGCGAGCUCGGAGCGUGAGGAGGCCGGCUCCGAGGACGCCUCCGAUAGCAAGGCUGCGAGCUCAGAACGCGAUGAGACCGUCUCCGAGGACUCGUCCGUCUCGGAGGACGGGACCACGGCCUCGUCGAGCGCUCGCGAGGACGUCGAGCCGCGGGUGCGGACGCCGGCCGAGCGCGCUGUCGAUGCGGUGCUGGCGCGCCUGCUGAACGAGGCUUGGCUGGAGAUCCUGCGGCGCUGGCGGCGGCGCGAGGAGCGCUCGCUGGUGCCGCCGCACGAGACCUGGAUCGAUGACGACCUCGGUCUGUGCGAGAGCCGGGACGACGAGCUACGCCGCCAGGAGGAGGCCAUCGAGGAGGAGAUCCGGCGCCUGGAGGUGCUGCAGAAGUUCCAGCAGCUGUCUGGCGGCAGCGCGCUGUAUGUACGCGAGAUCCCCAACAAGCCGCCGCCGCCGUACCGCGACCCGCCGGCCGGCGAGCUGUCUGCCAACCUCAUGGUGCGCUGGGCGCGCAAGCGGCGCGAUCGCGUGGACGAGGUGCUGGUGCGUGAGCUCCAGGAGGAGGAGGCCGACUGGGUGACGUACGACGCGGACGCCGUCAGCGUGAAGGAGCAGCUGAGUCGGCAGCUGACGGACGACCUGCUGAGCGACGCCACGCGCCAGCUGAUAACGGCUCUCGUCCACCUGCUUGCAGAGGCCCAGUGCCGAGAAGACGGUCUCGACGCGGAUCACGUGAAUCACGGCCUUGGAAUCCUCCGGCAGGUGGGAUGUCAGAGUCUGCCAGUACGCAAACCAUGGUCAAUACAGGCCUGA